UACUCGAUAAGCUGCAUUAUAUUUGAAGGCUUUUACAAUAGGGUUAAAAUGUCCUCCUCCGCCGCCACCGCCGCUUCUUUCCCCCCUUCUACACCGGUCUCCGAUCGGUCUUCCGUUGGUCGUCGCCAUACUUAACCUAAACUGAUUCCCCCAAUAAUCGAAGCUCCAGCUGGUUUUCUCAUCAUCAGGUGUGUUUCUCUCAAUUUUGACAACUUCAAGCCAUUAUUCUAUAAUGUAUCUAUGUUUUUUACAUAUUGCUUGUCCGCUUCACGCAUUUAUUAUCUGUCUUGCUCACUUUUGUCUUCAUCAAUACUUCCACUUUUGCUUUUUAAAGGUAUGUGACUUACAUCCCUCUUUGUAUUUCCACACAAAACCCUAAUUUCUAAUCAACAUAACAGAAUUUUUCAUUUCAGUCUUCGUAUGCCAAGUUACCCAAUUAGCAUAGACUUUUGCUUUUUACGUGAUUUUUCGUUUGAUUCUCUCAGGUUGUUAUAUAUCUGGAUGAACGAGUCUUUUCAUGCCUUAUAUGAGUAAAAGUCAAAGAUGAAACCAAAUACAAAUGACAUGUUGGGGGCACAAAGGGAAAGAAAGUUUCAGGGUCAAGGGCCAAAUUGGAUUCUCAUAGCAGGUGGUGCUUUAUUAAGUACAAUAUCAGUUCGUCUUGGCUACAGGCUCAAACAGGCCUUGGAUUCAAAGCAACCACAAAAUACCAGAAAUGGGUUAAAAGAGAAUGGGAAAUUUACAGGCAGAAAGAGGUCAAACUGUCGUUCACAUUCACAUUCAAACUUGUAUUGUUUUGAACAGGAUGAUGGUUGCUUCAAUUGCAAUUCUGGAACUGAAAAUGAGGCAGAGGUAAAACCACAACACAAUGGCCAAUUACAUACAGACCCUCCAAUGGCACUCCCAUUAGUAACAGUCUCAGCUCCCUUAUACACCAAAGAAAACGGCGUAAUGUGGGCGUCAUCACCUGACAGACUGGAAUUACCGAAGCCAUUCCACCAUUCAAACAGCUCCGAUUCCCCUUGCGUGUCGGAAUCCGGUUCCGACAUCUUCAGCAAACGGGAAGUAAUUCAAAAGCUACGACAGCAGUUGAAACGGCGCGACGAUAUGAUACUGGAAAUGCAAGACCAGAUUGCGGAACUCCGGAAUUCGUUAAGCUCCCAGCAUUCCCAUUCCGCCCAUCUCCAAUCGCAACUGGAAUCGGCAAACCGGGAGUUGUUUGAAUCGGAGAGGGAAAUCCAGAGGCUGAGGAAGGCGAUUGCGGAUAUCUGCGUGGGGAAUCAGAACGGGUAUUUGGAGGUGGAGAGCGGAAUGGAAUCGGAGAAAGUGGAGAUGUUGAAAAGGGAAGUGGGGGAAUUGAAGGAGUUGAUUGAAGGGAAGGAUUAUUUGCUUCAGAAUUAUAAAGAACAGAAGUCUGAACUUUCAUUGAAGGUCAAAGAGUUGCAACACAGGCGCGGCGAGGAGUGGAGGAGGCGACGAUGUGCAGCGCUUCACUGGAGGCCGGCAAAAAUGGCGUCGACGAUUGAAAGAAAAGUCACCGGAGAGGGACACAUGGGGAUUCAACACAAAAGGGGAAACUUUUAA